AUGCUCCAACCUCAGAACGAAGUGAAGCGGGAGGAAACCUGCGCGCCCCUUCAAUCUCAGCAGUCGGAACUGAAUCCCUCACAGCCACUGAACUCAAGUAAUUACUGAAAGAGAAAAGGACAAAAAUGCCCUCGCUUCUUUUCAUGAGGACAGAAAUGCCCUUCUCAAAAGGACAAAAAUGCCCUCGGAUUCUAGACUUCUGUAAUACUCGAUAUAUCAGCUCAGAACCAAGAGGGUAGCUUCUUGUAGUCUUUGUGAUCAGCGCCGUAUACUCAGAAUCUCCAGAGGUGCCGUGAGAAGUCAGUUAUCACGGUCGCAAAGGCAGGGGCCUCAUCGAUCGUCGACGCGUCGAGGCGCGCGAGUUCGCGCAUCGACGUUGGUCUCCUUCCGCAUCUCGCCCCCGGCCCGGACGCCGAAGUCACCACCGACUUUCGACAAUGGAACAUUGUUUCAAGAAGGGGGAAAAUCUCUGAAAAGAAGGAGCUCACGGAUGCAGGCUAUCGAUAUGCGCUUGAUGACCAGAACCAGCUCGACGUUCCGUAAGUCUGACACGCGUCGUUGGCACGUCGUGUGCAAGACACGAGGUCACGGAUGAUGAGGACGAUAGUGACUCGACUGGCGAAGAAGAAGGUGCCAUUAUCAUUCCGCCACGAUUCCCCAGACGUACUGGACGUCCAAUCAAACGCAGGGUCCGGGGUGCGGACGAGAGGGCCAAGCGUGA